AUUUUGCCCAUUCGCUUUCUCCAUCAAAAAAACACACUGCAAAAUUAGGGUUUUGGCAGCCAAAAAAAAAAAAAGGGUUUCGGAUACUCCUAUAAGAUUGUUUACAUCAAUUCCAUUAGUUACCCCAAUUCCGACCAAUCGAUUGGUCUCUGUGCUUUCCUCGAUGAAGAGUCGAACCUCCAAAGAUAAUCGCAAUGAAGAAAGAGAGAAAAUCAAGAGCUCAGACUCGAUCAAUAAGAAGAAGAUGAAGAGGAACAUCAGGAGAUUGGGAGGGGGUGGGCUCUCGCUCGAAGCAUUCGCUAACAUAAAAACAAAGAGCGAACACUACAACCCAGCCUUGAUCAAGAAGCAGAGGGAGUUCUAUAAGAAUGCUAAAUACGUGAGCAAGUAUAAGAAGUCACUAAAGCAGCAAAGUCAACAGAAUGGUCCUCACUCAUCUAAGAGACUGUUAGAGGAUGAGAAUGGAACUGGAGAAUCUGGUAGGAUGAAUUGGCAGAAGAAGAAAAACAAUAAGAAUAGUUCUCAAAGCUUGAGAGAAUUGUAUGAAAGGAAGCGCCAGGAGGAAGAGGAGGCAAGCCGUGAAAGGGAGGCAAUUAUUCAAACAAAGAAGGAAGAAAGAGAAAGAUCUGAAUCUCGUAGAAAAGCUUUAAGAGAGAAAAUGUUCAAAAAAACGAAGAAAGGUCAACCUGUUAUGAAGUACAGAAUUGAGCAUCUUUUGCAGACAAUUCAAGAUUCAACAACUUAGGUUCUGUAUCUGCACUUGUUUCUUGGGUAGUGUUUUCCAACUAUAGUAACCUCUGAUAAUGAAAAGCCCAAAUUAGAUUUUUUAAAUGUUGUAAGUGUAAUUGUUGGGAAACAAGAUCGUUGAAUUGCCUGACAUAGUUAACUGUGAUUACAUUGGAUGUUUAACAAUUAAUAAAAAGAAUAACAGUUUCUAUUUUGCA